CAAUUUAUUUUCCAUAGAGAAUCUGAAGAAAUGCAUUCUGUAAGUAAGCAUAGCCAUUUAGCUUUUGCUUUUUAGAAGGUAGCUUUGGCAAAGAUAGUUCAGAUCAGAAUUACAAAAAGUGAUAUGAUAAGCGAAGGACUGAAGGCAUCUACGAGGUUUUUCAUGUAUCCUGUAAACAAAUAUUCCUGCAGGCACUAAUUGUUGAUCACCCUUUCUUUCUAUUUAUUUUUUAAAGACGUACAGUUGAGAUUCCAUUCCAAGCAGCCUGUAAAGAAGUUUUCCAGGCCCUACUUGUUUAGCCAUCCCAAGUUUCCAUCGUCUUCCAAUUUUUGGCAACGAUAACGUCACAGCGCCUAAGUUUGGUACCUUGAGUGUCUGCUGCCAAUUAUAUAUAUACAUAUAUAAGAGUGCUUCCCAUCCUACGAAGUUAAGAAAAUAACAAAUUUCUCGAUUAGCAAUUCACAAACUUUUCAGCUUUCUAACCUUCAUCCAUUAGUCCUACUCCACCCUUGAAAAAGAAUGAACGUGGAAGUUUCCCUGGUGGAAUUGCUCUCCUGCUUUUGGAAUUGCAUCACAGAACAUGGAGGUUAUGUUUGUUAUGACGAAGAUCUCAAUAUUUUGCGAUCUAAUAUGCAAAUGCUGAGUCAUCUAAGGAACCAUUUGAACACAAAAGUUGAGACAGCCGACAGAGUAAACGAGAUGAUACACAAGCUGGAGCAUUGGUUUUCAAAGGUUGAAGUUGUGGAAACUAAUGCUACUGAACUGGUGAAUCAGGGCUCUCAAGAACUUGAAAGCAACUGUCUCGGAAGCUGCUGUCCCAGGAAUUGCUGGUCCAGGCACAAGAUUGGAAGGAAAAUUCAAAGUACGUUGACAGACGUGGCUGCUCUAAACACUGAAGGAGAACAAUUAUUGGCUACACCUAUUGAAGGAACAUUAGAUAAGCUCCGGAGCUGCCUUGGGAAAGAUGGUGUAGGACGCGUUGGCAUAUAUGGCAAAGGAGGUGUAGGCAAGACUACUGUCAUGAAUGAAUUUGGCAGUAACCUGCUCUCGGAACGCCAAUUUGACUACAUCGUACGGGUCGUGGUGUCCCAGGAUCCCAACCUGGAAAAAAUCCAAGAUGACGUUGGGAAGGAACUGGGAUUUGUUGAAGACAGAUGGAAGGACAAAGGUCCAGAAGAGAGAGCCAAAGACAUCUGCGAGGUUUUGAGCCGUAAGAGGUUUCUAUUGCUGUUGGAUGAUAUCUGGGAGCCUGUUGAUCUAACUAAAGUGGGAUUUCCGAUUCCAGAUAGAGAUAAUGGAUCCAAGAUAAUAUUCACAACUCGUACAGAGGAGGUCUGCAACCAAAUGGGUGCUGAAGAAAAGAUUGAAGUGGACCGAUUAACAGAGAAGAAAGCUUGGGCAUUUUUUCGAGAGAAGGCUGGGAAAGACACACUUGAUAUUCCAGAGAUCCGUAAGCCAGCUGAAACCAUUGCCAAAAUGUGCGAUGGUUUGCCACUUGCACUCCUAACCGUUGGCCAGGCUAUGGAGUUGAAGAAGACCUUCCAAGAAUGGGAUCAUUCAAAUAAGACCUUAAGGAAGUCUGUCUCAGAAUUUUCAGGUACAAAAGAUCCGGUCUUUGCUUUACUAAAGUUCAGUUAUGACAAUCUACCCAGUGAAACAAUUAAAUCCUGCUUUUUGUACUGCACUUUGUUCCCAGAAGAAUUUAGUAUAAACAAAUUUAACCUGAUAGAUUGCUGGAUUGGGGAGGGGUUUUUGGAUGAGUUUAGUGAAGGCAAGAAAAUUAUCAGAACACUUGUUCAUGCUAGCUUACUGCAAGAUGAUGGCGAAGAAGUGAAAAUGCACGAUUUGAUUCGCGAGGUGGCCCUAUGGAUAUCAUGUGAAUGUGGGAGGCUCAGAGAGAAGUACUUGGUGGAGGCAGGAGCUCAGUUAAGUGAAGCACCAGAGAUCGGGAGAUGGGAAAGAGUAAGAAGGAUGUCAUUAAUGUCAAAUCAUAUUCAGAGACUAACGAAAGCACCUAGAUGCAAUGAUCUUUUAACUCUGUUCCUGGGAAAUAAUCAUUUGAAGAUGAUUGAUAAUGCUUUCUUUCAGUUUAUGCCUUCUCUGAAAGUUUUGGACCUGUCAGGAAAUAGAGAACUAAAUGAAUUGCCAUCAGGAAUUUCGAAAACAGGUUCUUUACAAUAUCUGAAUCUGUCCAGGACAGGCAUAAGACAGCUGCCAGUUGCGCUAAGAAACUUGGUAAAGCUGAAAUGUUUGAACUUGGAGUACACUUACGAACUCCAGACAAUCCCAAUGCGACUUAUAGCUAGCUUUUCAAACAUGAAGGUACUAAGAAUGCUUCACUGUGCUUCUUCGGACCGAAUUGUGGGAGAUGGUAUACAGACCGGUGGUCAUCAAUCCAUGUUAAGGGAAUUGCAGCAAUUGGAACAUCUGAAUGAGCUAACUAUCAGCAUAACACGCGAGUACUCUCUCGAAACAUUUAGAAGCUGGGACAAGUUCCAGACGUGCACGCAGGCUUUAUCUCUCCAUUUCAAGCACUCAAGGUCAUUGGAUAUAUCAUUUCUAGAAGGCAUGAAGUGUCUGGAUGACCUUGAGUUCAUUAAUUGCAUAACUUUGAGAGAGCUAAGAAUUGAGCAGUCAUUGAUCAUGAGGGAAGGAAGCUUCAAUAGCCUUCACAAAGUUUCCAUAAUCAAUUGCUCGAAACUGGAAGACUUGACAUGGAUUGCUCUUGCUCCAAAGCUCGAGUUUCUCAUUGUAUCAAGGUGCUCCAACAUGGAAGAGAUAAUCUGUGAAGGAAAGUUGGUUGAAGGAAAUGUCAACUCAUUGGCAAAGCUUGAAUUUCUACGGUUAGUUUCUCUGCCAAAAUUGAAAAGCAUCUAUCCAAUUGCCCUGCCUUUCCAUUAUCUGAAAGAAAUCGUUGUUGAUGAAUGUCCAAAGCUGAAGAAGCUUCCGCUUGAUUCUAACAGUGCAAAGGAACACAGAAUUGUUAUUCAAGGAUGGGAAGACUGGUGGAAAAAUCUAGAAUGGGAGGAUGAAAACACUCGAAGUACCUUCCUUCCCUUUUUCAAAGCCUGUAUGUAUUGAGUUUGUCUUCUGAAUGGCCACAACAAGCAACAGGUCUUAUACUCCUCAAUUCUGAUGCAUAUACUUCGUAUGGCUUUUCUUCAUAAGGCUAAUUCUUUGAUCUCAGAGAAUUGUUCACCUAGUUAUGUUCUUGAUAUCAUCUUAUUAGACAUGUAAUUCAUUGAAAUGGCCUAUAUAAGCUACAA